GAUGGUGGUAGUGGAUGAUGGUGACCGUGGGUGAUGGUGAACGAGGAGUGGUUGGCCGCGGUCCCUUACCUCGUGAAUCUUCCCGCCGCCAACUUCCCUCUCCCACCCGCUUCGCGCCGGACCUUCGCCUCGGUUAGGGUCCUGCUGUGACGUUGCUGCCGGUGGUGUCGUCCGGUGGUGUCGUCCGUCUCCUCCGCUCGACCGCCCGAUCGACCGACCGACCACCCGCCCGCCCCGCCAGCACUCCCGCCGGCGCUACGAGACGGAGGAGCAGGCCGAAGAGGCGGCGGCGGCGGCGGCAGCGGCAGAAUGUGGGAGACGCUCCAGGGCUGGCUGCAGUACUGCGUGGAGUGGGCCGCCAAGGACCCGUACGGCUUCCUGUCGACAGUGCUGCUGGCGCUGUCGCCCUUCUUCCUGGCCAGCGCCGCCCUCUCGUGGAAGCUCGCCAAGGCCAUCGAGGCGCGCGACCGCGACGCCAAGAAGAAGGCCAAGCGGCAGGAGAACGUGCUUCGCUCGCGCAAUAAGGGACGCAAGGCCGAAUAGGCCCCGCGCCCCAGCGGCCCCUGGAGGUCUCUCGUGUUAGCCGCUGGGCGCGGUCUCGCGGCGGUGAGCUACUGGCGAUAGUGUCGUGGCGGCGUCUAUGGCUUCCGUCUAACCUUCACCGGUCUUCCUGUGCCGCCACCGCUGUUGUUGUUGUCACGUUACUUGGCGAUGUUCGGCGUUAGGCGGCGAUGGCGAUGGCGACGUAGGCGGUGGUGGUGGCAGAGGGAUGGUGAUGAUGGUAGUUUAGCGGGGGGGGGGGGCGUCUAGAGUGUACGUGGAGGAACGCGGAUCGGCCACGAUGCGUGUCUCGACGAAGAAUGACGACCGUGGGUUAGGCGGUUCCAACAAAAAAUUCUGGGGGGAGGGAAGUAAUUUGUUUAAUGAAAUAAAUUUGUGAGUCAGCCCAAUAACCUGGGACCAAGCCCCGGAUCGAGUUAUCAUCGUGGCCACAGCUUCUGAUGCCACCAUCACCACCAUCACCACCAUCACCACCAUCACCACCAUCACCACCAUCACCACCAUCACCACCAUCACCACCAUCACCACCAUCACCACCAUCACCACCAUCACCACCAUCACCACCAUCACCACCAUCACCACCAUCACCACCAUCACCACCAUCACCACCAUCACCACCAUCACCACCAUCACCACCACCACCACUGCACCUCAUCCCCAACGCAUUCUCUCCCUUCCGCCAGAUCCCGCCGCUGCUUCAGAGUCAACUCACAGCCACCUGCAAGGUCUACCCUGAGAGUCUCAUUCCACCGUCUGGCGUUAGACUCGCACAAAGACCUAUAGACUCAUGCAGAAACCCAUGGACUCAUCACACAGAGACCCAUGGACUCAUCACACAGAGACCCAUGGACUCAUCACACAGACCCAUAGACUCACACAGAGAUCCAUAGACUCACGCAGAGACCCAUAGACUCAUGCCGAGACCCAUGGACUCAUCACACAGAGACCCAUAGACUCGCACAGAGAUCCAUAAAUGCACACAGAGAUCCAGGACACACACAGAGACUGGACAUCUGUGAAAAAGAGCUUCAUAGCUCAUCAGAUUUCUCCAGGAUAAAAAAAGAUUUUUAUUCUGAGACCCAUAGACUCGCGCAGAGACUCAUAGACUCAGAGAGGCCCCUGACCAGUCUCCCACCAUCUGCUCUUUGGCGUUCUCUUCCCCUUGGUCGCUGGACUCGUGGAAGGCCGCCACCCCAAUGCCUGUCUGGGUAAUCGGCCCUCACCCCCCCCAUGCAGCGCUAUCGUCCCACCCAGCGCCGCCGUUUCUGCCUCGCCGUAGGACCACCACUGGAGCCAAUUAAACAACAAAAAUGAAGAUAAACAUUUUUUUGUUUAAGACCUGCCUGUCGACGAUGGACUUUCUUUCACGAUACGUGUACAUUGCGAAAAGAGGAUGAUCAACCCGCUUCGCACGCUGCUCCCUGUACCACGAUAAAGCAAAGAAAUCUUCACACGGCGGCAGCAGCAGCAGCACUCAUUCUCACCUCUGUACAUUACCCCGCUCCCCACCAAAACCCCCACGAGUUCCCCAACCCCCCCCCCCCCUCGAUGGCACGGGAAGCUUGCGCCACUGCGUCAAGGAAAAGAUGAACGGGGCAACCGCGGCGGCGCGGAGACGUCAUCUCCCUCGCCUGUUCACGCAGGAGAGUCCGUGGGUUUCGCUCCCGGACCCUGACGAUGCCUGCUGUUGCAGAUUUGGAGUCGGCGUGUUCUGUCUCUUCGCCCGUGGCAGUCACGUGGAUCGUUUAUCCGGCUUCCUGCGGUUUUGCCCCCCCACCUCCUUCGCCCUCCCACCGCAUUUAGAAUCAACACACGUUUAGAUAAUUGGGCUCGCCCGUAUAAAUUCCCACGUGUGAUGAUGAUCAUGAUGAUAUCAGCCACUUCGCCGAUGAGCUUUCGUUGUGUGUGUCCAGGUCGCCUCUGAAUAGUGGAUAUCUCGUAGAGGUUUUAACUGCUAAAUAAAAAUUUUAGUUUAUAAAUUCA